UUCAUAAUCUUCCCGCCUAAAUAAUUUUUGACAAAAUUAAAUGACGAGAAUGCCCUUAAAAGCAGUCCAAAAGCUAUCACUACUCAAGUGAACGUCCAUCCCCAAAUUGCCAUCGCUCAACAACUGAGCUGAACCAGUUGGCCAUGAAAUUUCAUAUUCCCAGAUUGCCCCUACCUGCUUCGCUGCCAACUGCAUAUAUAUAUAAAUUAUCCCUCUCUUCUUCUUCCUCGCCAUUUCUCACUAUUUUGUUUCUCUCUCCAAAACGUAAUCAGAGCGAAAGGUCAGUUAGCCCUAAAUCACUGCAAUUUUUUCUCCAUUCACGACGAUUUCUUCCUCAACCUGCAUACGAUUUUUACAGGCUUGAUCGAUGAAGAAAAUUUAAGUUAAACUUUUUGAUGAUUACGAUUCUCAAUUUAUGGAAGAAGUGAUGAAAUUCUCAUCUGUUUUGUGUUUUUCUUUUUUCUUUUUCAAUCGCCUGAUUACGAUUUGAUAUGAACAGGAGAUAGAAGAAAUGCAGAGAGAAAUCUCAAUUUCGGGCCACGAGUGGCCGGAUUUCUCCUCAACGCCGGCGCCGGCGCCUUUCACAGGCGACUACGAUUUCGCGGCGUUAUUCCACCCCUCAAUUUUCCCGCCGGAGCAUUCGCCUCUUCUCGAUUACUCAAACGACGGCUCAUUCAGUUCCCCUUCCAUGGAAAGUGAAGAUGCGCUAGGGUCGUAUUUUCCCCAAAUCCAGCAGCAGCAGCGAUUGCAUCAGGAUUUGAUGGGCCGUCACCAGAAGGUGCUGUUCCACCUAAGCGAGGCGGCGAAGCAGGCUCAGUCCCUCCGCCAGGAGAAUGUCAAUCUCAAAAUGGCCAAUUUCGAAUUGAAAAAUCGAUUGAAUUUGUUGCUCAACGGGAGGCAGUUUCAUGGAGUGGAUCUCGGCCCGAGUUUCGAUUCUGUGGAGGACGGGUUGCGGAAGAUGAGUAUGGGUGUGGAAGAGGAGGGGACGAGUGAGAAUGAGGCUGUGGCUAAGAGUCCGACUAGUGUGAUGGACUCCGGUCUGGGUGGGCAGGGAGAACUGGAGCGGGUCAAUUUGCCCAAGAGUAUUUCGGUUCGUUCCAGUGGGUAUUUGAAGGCAAUUCGAGCUGCCAGAAAAGGAGACGACUGUGUUAAAGCAUCAAACCAAAACAAAACUGAUAACGAAACGCAAAAGGUAUACGUGAAAGGAGGGAAGGAGCAGCCACUUGAACUCGAAGUGUACAAUCAGGGCAUGAUCAAGACCGAGCUGUGCAACAAAUGGCAACAGACUGGAGCUUGCCCUUAUGGAGAUAACUGCCAAUUUGCACACGGCAUUCAAGAGCUCCGUCCAGUCGUACGCCACCCUCGUUACAAGACUGAGGUGUGCCGCAUGGUCCUAAACGGCGUUCCUUGCCCUUACGGCCACCGUUGCCACUUUCGCCAUUCUCUCACCGAAGAGGAGCAACUCACCAGGGAAAUCAAUUCCAACUCUCUCAAUCCGAUGAACUAUCGGUAACAUCUUAUUCUAGCCUAUCUUAUAAUAGUCCCAUUGUUUCAAGAAAAUCUGAACUGUUAUGUGCAUCAAGAGCUGCUUAUAGUACUCGAGAGUUUGCCUGAUUCCCACCAAAUAUAGAGAAGUUGGCAUCUGUAUCUAAAUAGGAUUUUAAUUUUUUCUAUUUUUUUUUUAUUUGAAGUAAAUAAGUGAAAGUGUCGUAAAUAUAUGAUAACGGGGGUCUGCAUGACGGAAAACGGGUCAUUAGUCAUUCAUUACAUGGAACAGAGGAAAUCUUGCGGUGAAAAGACGAUGAUGUACCUUCAUCAUUUUUCGACAUGCUUUACGUUGAAAAAUGCCGUGAUAUAUAAUAAAGCAUUACCUUCUUUAA